UAGGGCAGGGGGAGACCGGGCAGCUGGGCGCCUGCGAGCUCGGCGGCAUUUGCAGCGCCACAUGCCGCUCUAGAACCCCGCUGGCGCUCGCGGGCGCAGUGCUAGAACCCGGCGCAGUGCGUUCUAAGCGCGGGGGGACAGGGAGCGUGUCCGCUGCUCCCGCUCCACGUGCAGUGCUGGAAACCAGCCGACUCGCCGCCUAGCGGCGCCCCUCAGCCCCCCGCUGCGGGAGCCGUGCUAGAACCCGGCGCAGUGCGAUCUAGAAGGCAGACUCCCCUCCCGUUUCUAGGACUCGGUACGUUCUAGAAGGAGCAGGGAGCCGCUCUAGAACCCAGCCGGGAAGCCCCGAGGUUUAGAGCCGGGGCUAUUCUGGAAGACGCGCCUCCGCGGCAGGUGGAGCAGUUCUGGAGCCCGAGGAGCCGCGUUGUAGCGAUCGGCGCUGAGCCGCUUUAGAACCCGCCGGGACCCGAUCUCUGCAGGGGAAGGGGGCGGCUAUCGCACCCAGCCAGCGGGGUGCAGAGGGGCCCGCCUGCUGCAGCCAUGCUGGAGUCGGCGGUGCGGCUGGCCCUGGGAGCCGGCGAGCUGGUGGCUCCGGGACCGCAGCUCUCGGAGCGGCUGGCCCUGCUGCAGGCGCAGGUGCUCGCUUCCCUCUGGCCCAUGCUGCUGCUAGGAGGGGCCGUGGCGCUGCUUGUCCUGUUGGGGAUGCUCCGGCGCUGGGACCGGGCGCGGCCGGGUCCCCAGCACAGCGCGGCGGGGGAGGAGGGUGGCGCUGGGUCUGCCAGCUCCGAGGAAGGACGGCUGCCAGCGCCGGCCCCGCGGACACAGAACGGGAUAGCUGGGCAGCAGGAGCAAAGGGCGAGGCAGAGCCACGAGGCAAAGGUUCCAGUGAAUUGUCAGCUUCUAACCUCUGUUGGCAUGAGAGAAAAAAAGCUACUGAAGUCUAAGAAAAAGAAGAAGACCCAGUGCUCAGAAAAGGGGGCAUCAAAAGACCAUGUCUCUGCUGAAAAAGACAAAUUGCCAGAAGAAGAGGAAGGUGUUUGGCAGACUAAGAUCAGUAGCCGAGAAAAAAGACACUUAAGGAAAGAACGUCUGAAACGAAAAGAAAACCCUAGCAGAGUGUCAUCCGGUACCAUGGUGGUUGAAGCAGUCUGUGAUGGGGAUGGGAAAGGAACCGUUUGGCCACACACUGUGAGUGGGACAGAGGACAACAGCAGUAGUGGACAGGGAGCUCUCUGUGAGUCAGGGACAAAGACAGACGGUGGUUCCGCUGUUAGGAACUCAGAAGCCACAGGAGAAGAAUCUGAGCCCACACGGUCUGAAGAGGAUGUUUUUUCCAAUGUAGGAACAUGGGAUAUUGCAGAAGCAAAAGCUUAUCCUGUGACCUUUGGGACUUUACCAGAGCUGUCCAUGGAGUUAAGUAAUCUGAAGAGUAAAUCAUCUCAGGACAACCCCUCCAAAUAUCAUUGGAAUGCCAACUUACCCUUCCUCACAGUGGAUGAUGCAUGGCUUGGGCAGCAUGAUCCCUUAGCAAUUGACCUCAAUUCCGAUUGGAAUGCUCCCACAGAGGAGUGGGGAAACUGGCUGGGAGAGGAGGAGACAUGCACAGGACCAGAGAGCGAGAAGCCUCAGCAAGGUUUGGAAAUGAGAACAGAGGAAGGUCGAAGGGAGUUGAUAUCUAUGAAACACAGUAGUCAUGCUACCUGUACCUCUUUUAAAAUACCCCAAGACCCUGCUAACAAUUUACCCCAUAAUGAUGUACCUGAUAAAAAGGAGAGGCGGAAGAGGAAGAAAAUGAGGAAAGAGACUUGAUGGGGCUGUGUAGCUGACAGUGUGAAAACCAAAUAGCACGUGUGCUGAUUAGCUGCAAGAGUUCUGCUUUCUGUGGUGAUGCACUGAGCCCAAAGCAAAGAGAGGAUCGAGAAGAAUCCCAAUAAAUGGGAGAAGAGGAGAACAGGAACAGAGAGAGAGAGAGAGAGAGAGUGUGUGUGUGUGUGAGAGAGAGAACCAUGAUAAUGUGUGCAGGAGCUGGUGUUGAAACAGGGUUGCUGUUUAAAAACAGCCCACUGCCCUUGAUCACUUAAAGAAAACUAUUGAGUAGGUUUUAGACCAUUUACAUUAAACUCUUCAGUGUCCUGUUACUUAUCAAGUUGCCAUGUUGUAUGACAUUAUAGAAUUAGUCAAAAUCCAUAAAUGACCACGAUUGUAUUUAGAUUCUAUAGAAGAUCCACCCUUUAUUCCAGCCUCCAUUUGCAAUUUAAAAUGUGAUGUGUGCAGAUGUGCUCACUGACAGGUUAAUAAUGUACAGAAGGUGGGUGGUACAUGCUAAAGCAGCUAUAAAUCAUAAGAAAGCAGUUGUUAGACCUACAAAGAACAGCACCACUCACCCGCAAAUCUUCUCUGAAUCUUUUUAACCCCUUGCAGCUGUUGAAGUUGGAUUUUUACCUAACACAGUGACAUUUUAAUGUAUUUCAGCUCAUACGCAGACCAGUUGGCUCCAAAGGUGGAAAUUUCUAAAGGAGAUUUUAAUUUACUUAGAAAAGUUGUGUAACUUUUCUGUUUUUGUGGUGGGCUAGAGCUCAGUAGCCUGUAUGUUAAAAGCAUGAUCUUUUUGCUAUAACUGUAUUUUAGCCUGAGAGAUCUUGUUGAGGACAUUUUUCCUAUCUGCAGAUUGGCAGUUUUUACCAUUUUAUUACUUAAUUUCUAAUAUUAUAAGCCAAGUAUCUAGAUGAAAGUUUAAAAAAAUGGUUUUUAUGGUGAAGGGCAUAUACUUCUCAUCUUCAAAGGGCUAUUUAAAACAGAAAAUAUCCAGUAUUGAAAAACAAAUUGUUCUACCUUAAAUGCCAAGAGUCUGUGAAAGGUGUGAGAUUGACACCACUGGUGACUCUUUAUCCACAGAACAUCUACAGCACAGCAGUAACUAUAAAUGCUUUCCUGUACUCCCAGAGAAUAUGCCUCAACCCUGAUCCAUCUUGGCAAGGCCACCUCGAUGCGUGAGAUGAUAGUUAUUCAGUCUCUGUGCCUAUUCAACUAUGUGCCUCUGAUGAAACUGCUAAAAAGGGUUCCAGUUACUGUUGGGUGUAAAAUUGACAUUCGUUCCCAGUUAGUCUGACAUCACAAAAGUCAUUUCACAUAGGCCACCAUCAGCUGUUAACAGUUUGGAGUCGUUACCAGCUACACUCACACUGGAACCACUGAGCUAGAGGUAAAAAGCUCCAUACCUCAGUAACUUGAACCACACAGUCCCUGUUGCCAAUGUAUUUGUGUAAGUGUAAUCUUAUCUAAAACCCUGAGUGCUUACAUGUUGGCUUUCACCCAUGCUGUAGGAUUUAAAGCAUUAGUAUCCCUUAAAGAAGCUACUGCACAGAAAUACUGUAUUUAUCGAUAUAUGUAAAAGAGCAAUUAUCCUAUGGUCUAAGCACCUUUGACACAAAUUAAAUAUACAGUUAAUCAAAGUAAUACCAGCAGCUAACCUACUACCAUAAAACACACACACACACACACAGACAAUUGCCCCAUCUAGCUACUUCCUCACACAGAACCAGAGAUAAUAAAUGAGCCUUGCAAUGUGCCCUGAGGGUGAACAAAACAAGGUUAGUUCAGAGUCAGACACACAGUUGUGAGCUUUUUUCCUGUCAUAGAGGAUAUUUUUAAGUGAGGCCAUUCAAUAAUACACUUUAGAAUUUUCAUAUCUUCAUGCUUACAUAUCAAUUAAGAGAAAAUAUAGGCAAUUAAUGAACGAGGCUAAUAAAGCAAACAAUGUCUUCCUUGAAAAGCAGCUUGUUAAUACCAUAUGCAUAAAACUAACAAGAAAAUACUUGACCUUGUUGAGAAAACAAAUCUAGUGAGGAUUAGGGCUUAGAGGAUGGAUUAAUUAAAUAUGUAAAUAACAGGCGAAAUUCUAGCCCCAUUGAAAUCAAUGGCAAAGCUCCCAUUAAUUCCACUGUGGCCAGGAUUUUACCUGAAAUCUUUAUUUAGCAGCAGAAGAUAAUUUCCAUUGCUGAAUAAAAAGAGAAAAUAUCUUAAUGAAAGAUGUAAGAGAAGUUAAGGUUGGUAAACUCAGAAUUUCACCUACCUUUUCUUAUAUGUCUGUCUGCAAACUUUGCAAUGUUCAUGUAAUGUUGUUUUAUUUCCAAAGUGAAAUGUUUUAUUUUUUUUCUAAUAAAAAAUAUUAAAAUCA